AUGCUCGAGGGCAUUCUUGCUAGCGUAAUAGAGCGACUGGCGGGCAAGUAUGUUGACGGGAUAGACAAGAAGGCGACAGAGUUGUCUGUGUGGAGAGGAGAGAUUCUGCUCAAGGAUCUUUCUCUGAAGCAAACAGCUCUGGACGACUUUGAUCUUCCUGUCACUCUUGUAGCUGGUAAGCUAGAGGAAUUGAGGUUGGAUAUACCAUGGAAGAACCUGCGGAGCAAGCCCGUGAUAGUAAAGAUCAAGGGUUUGAACAUGAUCCUGUCGCCGAACACAAAUCCCAAGAUUUCAGCCGAGGAGAAGAAGAGGAGAGAGACGUUGGCGAAGAAAGAUGCAUUGGCUGAGUUCGACAUAUCCUUGAAAUACGGGUUUGCGCAGUUUGAUGAGAAGGUCAGCGAAUCCUUCUACUCCAAGCUUAUCACCAAGAUUGUGGACAAUGUUCAGAUUCACAUAUCGCAAAUUCAUGUCCGGUACGAGGACUCAACUGUGCAUGCCUCUCACCCGUUCUGCGCGGGCGUGCUUCUGAACCAUCUUUCCAUUGAGUCGACGAAUUCGACUUGGAAGCCGGCGUUUGUUGAGAACCAAACCUUCUUAAACAAGCUGUGCAACUUGAAAGGGUUCAGUAUCUACCUCAACUCGGACGAGAAGAUGUUUUGGAAUGAUGGGAUGGAUCUACAGGAGUUUCUCGAGGGAUUUUCUAGCGUGGUGGACGACAUUGACGAACUAGCUGACGAUGUUUCUUUCGAUACGAAACUUCUGAACUUCAUCAUCAAACCUGUCGAUUCCAUCUUUCGCAUGAGGUUGAACAAGAGUGAUGAGCCAGAUGAAGCGCAUCCAAAGUACGACGCGAUGUGGGAGAUCAACAGGUUGGAGCUGAGUAUGCAGAAGCAGCAAUAUCGAGACGUCAUCUACACUCUCGAGUACUUCCGUAACUUUGAGAGGAUUGCUCGCUACAAUCAGUUCAGGCCGCAUGUCAGUGUGAAAGAGAGUCCGAAGGAAUGGUGGUUGUUUGCC